GGGGAGAUGGGGCUGCUUCUGAAUAACUCGGUGACUAGAUAGCUCUGAAGACACUCCGAAGUUUUGGAUACUUCACGAGGUUUGCGCUGUUUCAGCAUACGCGAGGUUUCCGGACUUUUUGCGUAUAAUGGACCGCGUGAUUGCACAGGAAACCCGCGGAUGGCAACGUGGGGAGCUGAUCGUGCAGUUUCCAGAUCUCACUAGUGCUGACUACGAGGAAAUACGAAGUGUGCGGCCUCACGGGCUGUUGCGGCGCAUCACCUCUCUGGUGACCGUCUACCAUGAGAAGUUAGGCUCUAUCGUACUCGAAUACGAGGUGGAGGGAUACAAGAGCACAGUGCUCGACUAUGGAGGAGUAGGAGACACAGUGGAGGUAGAGCAUGACUUUCAUUCAGCGUCGGAGACGGAAGGAGGUGCGACAACAUCUUCAACUUCAACAUCUUCAACUGCAAGAUCGGAAGGAGUUG